AUGGAUAUGAAAAUUGAAUAUUUUAAAUAAUAAUUACUAGAUAAGAAUUAGCAAUUGAUUUUAUUUUGUUAUUUUUAAAAUCAAAGAUUAAUAACUAAAAUAAAAAAACUACUUAAAUAUAUUGAAAAAUUUAAUUUAUAAUUUUUACUCAUUUAUUUUACAAAAAGAAAUUAAUAAAUAAUCAUCUUAUAGAAAGAAGACGUAGAAAAUAUAGAUCAGAUGAUUUUUAAUGUAUUUAUGAGUAAUUAAUCUAAGUAUUUUAAUUAUUUUAGUUACUGUUUACAUUUGAAUGAAGGUUGGCACAUUAAAAUGAAAAUAAGCUAUUUCUAAUAUGUCAUAAAAAUAAAAUUGCAUACAGUAAUAUAAUAAAAACAUUAAAAAAGAUAAAUUAAUAAUAAACAGAUUGAAAUAAAUUUGAUAGUCUUCCUAACCUUACACAACUUUUUAUAUUAAAUUUUCUUAAUAAAUGAAAUCUUAACCACUGAAAAAAUAUUCUAUAAAUAACUUAUAAAUAUUUACUCACUACAGACAAUAUAAAAUUUAAAAUUAUUUGAGCUUGCUUGUAUUCAAUCUUUAAAAUUUGAAAAAAAAUUUUAAAUGUUACCACUGAUCACCUUAAUUUAAAUAAUAUUGUAAGAUCUAUGA